CCAGUCCUUGGCGCCUCAGUGAUAAAGCGCCACAAUUAAAUAGUUUGGGGUAGUAAAGAGAGCGGGCAAGGCGCCUUUUAAAAUUUUAACUCAUUUAAGACAUUUUCAAAAACUAUUUUUAAAUUAUGGCCACACCACCUAAGAGAAUGUGUGUCAGUCCUAUUUUUGACAACAGCUUUGAAAAGCGAGUGAAAAAGAUUUCAAUAGAGGGCAACAUUGCUGCAGGAAAGUCUACAUUUGUUCGAAUGCUGGAGCAAGCAACUGAUGAGUGGGAAGUAGUCCCAGAGCCAAUAGCAAAAUGGUGCAAUGUUCAGACCACAGAAAAUGAGUUUGAGGAACUUUCUACUUCUCAAAAGAGUGGUGGUAAUUUGCUUCAGAUGCUGUAUGACAAACCAAGUCGUUGGGCUUACACUUUCCAGACUUAUGCCUGUUUGAGCAGAGUACGUUCCCAGCUGAACCCUGUUUGCCCAAAAUUGCGUGAGGCUGAACAUCCUGUACAAUUCUUUGAAAGAUCAGUUUAUAGUGAUAGGUAUGUCUUUGCCUCUAGUUUGUUUGAGUCUGGAGACUUAAAUGAAACUGAAUGGGCUGUAUAUCAAGAUUGGCAUGCCUGGCUUCUAAACCAGUUUGAAUCACAAAUUGAGCUGGAUGGGAUAAUUUAUUUAAGAGCUGAGCCGCAGAAAUGCAUGCAGAGACUUCACCUCAGAGGCCGUGAAGAGGAACAAGGCAUUGAACUUGACUACCUAGAGAAACUGCAUUAUAAGCACGAGUGCUGGCUAUAUAAUAGGACAACAAUGCUUGACUUUGAAUACUUGAAAGAUCUUCCAGUGCUAGUUUUGGAUGUAAAUGAUGAAUUUAAAGCCGACAAAAUAAAACAAGAGGGCCUCUUAGACAAGGUAAAAGAAUUCUUGGGCUCUUUGUAACCUCUGACCUUCUUCAAGCAACUUCUGGACUGACCUGUUUGCCCAAUUUUAAUCUUUGCAGAUAUCAAGAAAUUAGUACUGCAGUUAUCUUCUGAUAACUUUUAUAGUGCAGUUUUGACUCUAACAGCCUUCGCUGCAUGUACAGUAUCUUCAGCAUAAAUUCAGGAGUGCCUGUUGCCACACUGCAAUAUUACACUCCCCACUCCUGUCAAGAAUUGAAUCCUUCUCAAAUGGAAGUGACUGAUUGCCAGUCAGUUAGUCGUGCUUAUUAUAAUUUAUCUGCAGAAGCUUUAACUUUUAAUGAAGUCAAUUAAUGGAAAUUUAAGAGUGAAAGUAUUUUUAAAGUCGGGUUUGUAUAGUUUUUAGUACAGACAUUCUGAAAGAAUUUUACAGAAGUUGCUAUCCGGUGCUGAGAAAUGUAAUUUCUUUCCUCUGUCCUGCACUUGUAUGUCUAUCAAAUAGACAUUUUCAUGUUCUUUGAUAAAGUAUAUUGUAUAUUGGGUGUAACAAGGCUGCUGUAAAUAUGAAUUGUGAGCAGUAUUUUAUGUUGUACUGUAUGUGGCUCUCAAUACUUCUUAGCCAAUGAAACAUUUGUGCUGGGAUAUAGUCGAUCAGUGGUUUUGGUAGUGGAUCAGUCUUUUUAUAAUAGUGGGAUUAUGAGCAUACUUGGUCAUAGUUUACUCUUUUAUUUAAAUAAGUUUUAAUGAACCAUUCAGCUGAUCAGUCUACAGGUGCAAUAACAAAAGAAGCAAUAGAAACAAGAAAUAAAUACCUGUGAGAAAACACAUACAGUGAGCUAGUUAGCAAGUUAAUGAUGGAGGAACAGUUUUAUAAAAGCAAGAGUGAAGAAAGAUGAUCAUCAGCCAUAAUUUAAAAGUGAAAUAAUGGUAGAGAGUAGGAGUUGUAGAAUCAAAUGACUGGUCACCUAGAGUUUGGAGAAGAAUAUGAAGGUCAGCACCAGACAAUCCUGGUUCUUUUGAGUUUAGUUGGUAUAAAAAAACCUAGAUUGUCAUCCUGGGAUGAUGCAGUUAAUAAAUUCUGUUUGAUAGUUUUGGCUUCUGUAUGACCUGAGGAAGGUAUAUCCUAUGUACUUAAAUUAUGCAAAUUAAGAAUGUCUUGUGUUUAUGGCAGACUUUUUAGUAUUGAAAUAUUAUUAUUUAUGUGUUCCAUUUGUCAAUGUGUUAGCAUGCUUUUCCUCUUUGUACUGCUUACUUUACUUAGUCUCGUAAUUUACUUUUGUGAUGACCUGUCUAAAGUGUCUGCAGUGAAGCUGCCAUUUUUUGCUUUGUAAAGGUUUUACCUGUGGGCUUCUUAAAGAAAGUUUAAAAUUUUUCCCUGAAUAACUUGCACAUUUAAAAUGAUAGCAACAAUACAUUUUACAGCAUAUCGAAUGUUCUCAAUUGCAGCAAUAGAAUGCACAAAUUUUGUUGUGGCUUCUCAGUGUUUGCAAAAACAAAUAAAAGUUAAUGUAAAACAUUUUGUACAUUUUGUAUAGUAAAACGUUUUAA